ACAAGAAAAGACAAGUCAGGCCAAUGACUAGUCAAAAAUGGGUUAAAUUAUAAUUUACUCAAACCCGUCACUUACGGUUUGAUGAGAGAUGAAUAAGUUUGAGAUUUUUAUUUUAGUCAAAACAGACAAAAAUAUUAAAUAAGUUUAGUCAACAAAACGCAAUAAACGGGAACGAACACACCAUUAAUAAACGUUUAAUUAAACUUAAAGAAUUUUAUACAAAACAAUAAAAUAUUUUAAUUUAAAUUAAAAAAGAAAAUAUUUAAAAAUAAAACAAUGUUUAAAUAUUUAAUAAUGUUAACUUUUUGUGUAAUGGCACAAAGAAUCCAUGGGAAAUCUUUAUUCGAUUAUAAUAUAAAUCCCGAAUAUGAUUUGGUUGCUGAACCAUCUACCAGUUAUUCGAAUUUUUGGCCCAGUUCUGAAUUUUAUGUUUCACCGCUAACACGUUAUAAACAUCAAGCCAGAGGUAGAGGUAGAGGACAAGGGAAAGGUAAAGGAAAACAAAGACAUCAACUGCCACCACAUGCCUUUGAUCUUUCAGAUGGUUAUCACUACCCUGAUUCAUCAGAGGAGUUUAGUGGUGAAAUAUAUCAUGCACCCCAUCCGCAUCCUCAUCCUCAUCACCCCCAUGGUAUACCGCCUGGUCUAGCCAAGAAACAGGGUCAUCCCCAUGGUCCACCGCAUGGACAUCCGUAUGGUCCUCCACAUGAACCUCCCAGACGUUUUCCUCCACCACCAGUUUAUGACAAAGAUUUUAUAAACCCCUGGGCAGUGCCAGUAACUACACCGAAACCAUUUAUAGUACAACUACCUCCCUUAACAACACCGCGACCAUUCAUUGUUCAACAGCCUCCCAUAACUACACCUGCCAUUUAUGUGGCUCCAAUAUUAACUACAAGAAGACCCACAAUAGCUACCACCCCGGCACCACCUUCUUCAACAUCAUCAAAUGAUGAAUUAAUUUAUGAUAUUGAUGUACGCUUCGGUCGUGAUUAAUUACAUUUUAUUAAACAUAUUAUUAUUAUUACUUGAAUGUGUAUAAAUAAGUAUUUAAUAGAUUUAUUAAAUAACGUAAUGAAUUUAUUAUCUUUAUUCAAUUGUGAUAGAAAUAUUUAAAUAUUAUUAUUGUAUAAAGUAAAAACUUGCAAAACAGCAUCGAAUUAUACAAUUAAUUGUUAAUACUUAA